AUGCUGGAAUCAUCCUGGGGGGACAUUGAGAGCAGUACAUCCUCAGAAAAAGCUCAAAAACUGGCCUACGGAUGGCAAAAAGCGUGUCAAGAGACACACGAAAUCUGUUCAAAAUUAUGGUCUUCCGAAAAGUUCGCACCAUCACGGCUCAUCGAUAUUGGUGCUAAGGGCGAUAACUGGAGACUAUGUUUGUACCCGGAGGACAUAGCAGACCCUCCUGAUUACUUCACUUUAAGCUAUAGGUGGGCCAAGCACCCAUCCAUUGUUCUGUUGAGCACCAAUAUCAACAAGUUUCGCCAAUGGUCGCCAAUUUCUUGUCUCCCCAAGACCUUCAGAGAUACCAUCACGGUUGCCCGUCGAUUCUCGAUCAGAUACCUAUGGAUUGACUCAUUGUGCAUCAUUCAGGACUCACCGGAGGAUUGGGCUAAAGAGUCGGUCCGGAUGCACCAAAUCUAUGCCAACUCGUCUUGUACGAUAUCCGCAACCGCGUCAGAGGAUCCUCAAGGGGGGUUGUUUCGUUCUCGUACGCCUAAAGAUGUCCUGCCAGGAAACGUCACAGUUCAAUUCACCGACGGAGGGCUCACGAACUUCGACAUCUGGGAUGAACACUAUAUAGAACGACUAACGCAAGGCCCACUUACAAGACGUGGCUGGGUGUACCAGGAAAGAAUCUUAUCGCCAAGGGUCCUUCAUUUUACCGAUACUCAAAUUGCAUGGGAAUGCUUCGAGAUGAGUAAAUGCGAAAUGUUUCCCCGGUGGUCACCAUAUCCUACCGAGGCGGUGCAUACACCCGCGUUGAAAACUAUUGACGCGUUCUUUGAUUCCGAUGAUUCUGCAAGUACUAUUGCUGAGAAGGAAAAGAAGAUAAUGAUGGUUGAUGCUUUCAAUCAGUAG